AUGAUAAGCAACAACAAGUUACCAUCAUCCAUAUUAUUAUCAUCAUCUUCAAAUUCUAAUAACAAUAACAUUUCAACAACACCACGAGGGGAAAUGCUUACCAUCAAUGAUUUGCAAUCACCUUCUCCGAAUAGAUCUGGAAGAGUAGCCUCUUCGGGUUUAUUAUUGGCAACAUCAACUCCUCCUCCCCUCAAUAUUUCAAAGAAGCUGAAUAAUUCAACGAUGGGUUUAGCAAAUAGUAAUAAUAAUAGCAACAACAAUAGUAGCAACAAUAGUGCUCGUGUGAGUCCCCUCGUUGAAAGAUUGAAUGCAGUUAAGAACACAGCCCAAUCAUUUAAUGGAGGAUUAAUGGAAGAUUUAAAUUCUAGGAAGGAAGUAGAACAAACCAAAGUGUACGAACUAAGAGAUACUGUAUCUAGAUUGGAGAAGGAUUUGACUAUGGAAAUGAGGAAGAGAGCAGAUGGAGACAAGGUCUUACAAACAAUGUGUGAUAACAAGAUAAAUACUAUACAGGAUUUGAUAGAGAAGAAAAUGUCUGAAAAGUUUUCUCAAAUGCAACAAACUGUUGAUACUCUCACUAAACGUGUUCUAAGUCUGGAAAAGUGUUUGGCUGAGGAGAAGGAUUAUUCAUCCAAGUUUUCAACCUCUAUGAAAUCUGGUGUUUUGGGACAAUUGGAAGAACUCAGAAAUCUAGUUGAGGACGAAAGAUUGAAUCGAUUGGAUAGAGAAUCUCAAAUGAUGAGAAAGUUCAAUGAUGAAUAUUACAAACUCUCUCAAAAGUUAGACACUGAAAAGAAAUCUAGGGAAAUAUUUAUGAAUUCCACACGUGAGGAAAUUGAAAGAAUUGAACAAGCUAAGGCCAAAAUUGAUCAGGACUUUAGAGCUCAACUCUUUGAAGAAAUUGAUUCGAUUCGUGAUGAAAUCAAAGUUGAAAAGGAACAACGAGAAAUUGUCGAUGAGCAAAUAGUUUCUUCCUUAGAUACGAUUAUCAAGGAAGUCCACGACUCUCUCAGAUUAGUUACUAAAUAA